AUGCCAGAACAAGAAAGAUUUGUUCAGACUACCGGUGGUAAGGGUACUCCGAAGCAAAUUCACAUUGCUCAUAGGAAAUCUCCUUCUGAACUUACGAAUUUAAUGAUUGAGCAGUUUACUCUACAAAAACAGAUCGAGAAUAAUAGUAGUGGCGGAAACUUAGGCGUACAGGGACAAUCUGCCGCCAACUUUUUACCGCAACCACCCAACGUGCAGUAUCAACUGUCCCCAAAUUCAGGUAAUAGAAAAGGCAGGUCUCAUUCUAGAAGUGGUUCUGCAUUCUACAACAAUAACGAUCACAAACAAAAUCCUGCUGCAGGUGGACACAGAAGAACUGGCUCUCAGACGAGCGUAUAUGGACAUUCCAGAAGACAAUCCAUUGGUUUGAAUGAAGCCAAGAGAGCCGCUGCAGAAGAACAAGCAAAAAGAGAAAGUGGACCUCAGAUCAAAAUUGACAAUGUUCAAGAUAUCCCUAAGUUAGUCGAUGAAAAUGAACAAACGAGCUUCAAAUUCCCUGGAUCUCCAACAACCGAGUCUAAGAAUCUAGGUCACCGUAGAACUCAGUCAAAUAUGUCCCCUAAUAGAUCAUUCCAGUUUCCACCUGCUAAGUUGAACCAAAAGGAAAACAAUGAUGAUUUCAUACCCGUUGGAACCCCGCAUCGUCGCACUAAUUCGAAAAAUGAAGGUAUCGACGGUAAUUGGAGGUUGCAACAACAGCAACAGCAGGUAUCGCCAUUUCAUCACUCUAGAACGCAUUCAAGAGAAUAUUCAGGCCACCCAGGUUUGGAACCACCACCUGUCUUCCAACCAGGUCAUAAAUCACGUGGAUCCAAUGCUUCUUCCCACAGUUUUACCUCGGCAAAUGGCCAGCAAAACUCCAAUGGCCGUAAAUCACUUUUCGCACCCUAUUUGCCACAAGCUAACAUUCCUCAACUAAUUGAAGAAGGCAAAUUGGUUGCAGGUAUUCUACGGGUCAACAAGAAAAAUAGAUCGGAUGCCUGGGUUUCGACCAACGGUGUGUUGGACGCCGAUAUUUUCAUUUGUGGUUCGAAGGAUCGUAAUAGAGCUUUGGAAGGUGAUCUUGUUGCCGUUGAGCUUUUGAUGGUUGACGAUGUCUGGGAAUCGAAAAAGGAAAAGGAAGAGAAGAAGAGAAGAAAAGAUGCAAGCACUCAACAAGAUAUUAUUCCACUAGACUCUAAAGAUGAUUACCAUAAUGAUGCUUCAACAAGUAUUGUUACAAGCGCAUCAUGCUCUAGUGAAAAUAAAGGAUCAGAUGCUACAUUGGGAUCUUCAUCUGGCUCCAUCAAAAGAAGAGGAUCAUUGAAGCAGCGCCCAACUCAAAAGAAGAAUGAUGACGUAGAGGUUGAAGGUCAAUCUUUAUUAUUGGUCGAGGAAGAAGAGAUUAAUGAUGAUUACAGGCCUUUGUACGCUGGACACGUAGUCGCGGUGUUAGACCGUAUUCCGGGCCAACUAUUUAGCGGUACUUUGGGUCUAUUAAGACCAUCUCAACAAGCGAACAACGAUGUGAAUAAGCCAAAUAAGCCGAAAAUUGUUUGGUUCAAACCUACCGAUAAGAAAGUUCCUCUAAUUGCCAUUUCGAUAGAACAGGCGCCUAAGGACUUCGUCGAAAAUGCUGAUAAGUAUCUGAAUAAAGUUUUCGUUGCUAGCAUCAAGCGCUGGCCAAUCACUUCUUUGCAUCCCUUUGGUACUCUUGUCUCGCAAUUAGGCGAUGUGAACGAUCCAAAAACUGAGAUUGAUUCAAUUUUGAGAGACAAUAAUUUCUUAAGUGAUGAAUAUUUAGACCCUCAGGACCGUACAAAGGAGAGAGAUAGUUUUGCACCUGUAUUGCUUUCAGAAGAGCAAAGCAAAACAAGGCGUACUUAUGAAAAUGUCAUUGCCAUUUCAGAAACUGGUGAAGUUUCUGAUUAUGCGGUCCAUUUAAGAGACACUGACAACGGUAACCUUGAAUUAGGAUUUCAUGUUGUUGAUGUAACAGUCCAUAUUGAAGAAGGUUCAUCUUUGGAUAGAAGAGCUAGGAAAAGAUCUAGCGCUGUCUUCAUGCCACAGAAGACUGUUGGUUUGCUUCCAGCCGCUCUGAAUGAAUUCUUAAGUUUGCAGCCCGAGAAACUGUCAAACACUGUCAGUAUAAUAUAUGAACUGAAGCCUGAAAACUUUGAUAUUGUUACAACGUGGAUAGGCGAGACUCGUGUCAAGCCAAACACCUCAUUGACACAUGACAGGCUUAAUCAAGAAUUGGAGAGAUCUUCAGCUUCGGGCUCAAAGUUUGUUGAGAAACUUGAGGCAGUGGCUAAAGAAUUUUACCGCUGUAGGCUUAACUCCAAAAAUGCUGAUUUAUACAGGACUUUGCCCCUUUUGGAAUCUCUCGAUGACGAGAAGGUUAAAGUUGAUUUGAAUAUUUUACAACGUUCUAAAGCUUUGACCCUUUUAUCGGAAAUAGAGCGUAAAGUGAAUAAUACCGUUGCUACUCGAUUGUUCACUUCCCUGGGAGAUGUUGCUUUCUUGAGAAGACAACCAGAACCAAUUUCUACCAAAUUGAAAACGUUCCAAAAGAAAGUUGAAAAACUUGGCGUUGAGAUGGAUAUAACAAGUUCUGAAUCAGUUUUGAAUUCAAUUCUUGCCAUAGAUAAUAACACUACAAGAAUGGCGGUUGAGUUAUUUUUAUCCAAGACCUUAACACCGGCUAAAUAUUUCAUAUCUGGUAAAGUCGAACCUGACCAAUUUGCGCAUUAUUCAUUGAAUUUGCCAUUGUUCACACAUUUCACAGCUCCUUUGAGAAGAUACUCUGAUCAUGUGGUUCAUAGGCAGUUGAAGAGCAUAAUUAAUGGUACAGAGUAUAAAGAAACUAUUGAAUCUUUAAAAAUCACGUCUGAAUAUUGUAAUUUCAAAAAGGAUUGUGCACAUCACGCACAGGAACAGGCUAUCCAUUUACUCCUCUGCAAAACAACAAAUGACAUGGGGAAUCAAAACGGUCAAGUACUAACUUUGGCCACUGUUUUGCAAGUAUAUGAAUCUUCUUUUGAUGUGUUUAUCCCUGAAUUAGGUAUUGAAAAGAGAGUUCACGGUGAUCAGUUACCUCUUGUUAAAGCAGAAUUUGACGUUGCCGAGAGAGUCUUAGAACUCUACUGGAAGAAAGGUGUUGAUAGUGCGACUUUUGUGCCAUCUGACGAACAGAAUCCAAAAUCUUACAGAAACUCUAUUAAAAAUAAGUUUAACUCCAGCAGUAAAGAAAUUGCUUUCAAUCAAAACAGCUUGCAGAACAAUUUGAUUAGUGAGCAAUUUAGCAAAGAAUUGAAAGAAUUGAAAUUGACACCACCAUCUUUGAAUUUGCGAAAGUUCAACAACGCAGAUGCAUUGGAAGGAUAUUUCGAAACCACUGUCACAAGAGAAGAAGGUGACAACUAUAUUCAAGAGAUCAGAGAACUUCAACAAGUUCCUCUACUCUUAAGAGCAGAAAUUGGUAUGGCGUUACCAUGCUUGACUGUUCGUGCAUUAAACCCAUUUAUGAGAAGUUGA